CUUCGUAAUAUUAUUUCAUUAUACCAUAACCUUAUUUACACUUUUAACCUUUCUGAAAUUUGGUUUUUUUGUGUAAUUUUUAUAUUACGUCAUAAAAUAAAACCAUUUAAGGGAUCUAUAUAAUAUUUGUACUCAUAAGAUUAUAAGUCAUAUCUUCUGUAUAUGUUAUAUAUCGGCAAGAAACCUUAACCUAUUUAUUAGCUUACGUGGAUCAUUACAGUAAGUACACCUGAAGAGAUUGUAAGCAUCAAAAUCGGCCAUUAAAAUGUCUAAACAAUUUUUAUAUUUUGCAUACGGAAGCAAUAUGUUAAUGAAAAGAAUACAUAUUAAUAAUCCAACUGCACAACUUAAAGGGAUUGGUCUUUUAAAGAAUUUCAGACUCGACUUUUUAACACAUUCAAAGAGAUGGGGUGGAUGCUCUGCAACAAUUGUUCCAACGGAAGAUUACAAUGUAUGGGGUAUAGUUUGGGAGUUACAUGAAUGCAACAUGGCUACAUUAGAUUGUCAAGAAGGUGUUGCCGAUAAAUUAUAUUUUCCACUUAUGGUUGAUAUUGAAACACCUAAUGGUCAAGUCUUAAAAUGUAGAGUAUACCAACAAUGUAAUGAUCCAGAUGAACAUGUGAAACUCCGAUUGUUACCAAAUCAUAGAAGGCCUUCUCCAUUAUAUAUGUGCAAAAGAAAAUCAGUUACCAUCUCAAUAUAUAAAACUCCUAGAAACUAUACCACAUAAUGGAUAUUCUGGAGAAUAUAAUAUUGGCCUACCUUUGAAAGAAAUUUAGUUUGAACAAUUGGUUUAUUCUUCAAACGGCGUAUAACAUCUGGAUCAUUUGUUAAUAUGUUCAAGGCAUCUUCAACAGACAUUUUAUCUAGUUUAUGUUUGGGUAUUUUGAAGUUUUUUAACGGUUUGUCAUUUACCUAGGUAUAAAAGAGUAAAUAGUAUUAAUAAUGCAUUUGUAUAAAAUUAAUCCUGUCUUAUAAGUAGGAUGUAUAUAAUGGAAGUAUUGUAGCGAUAUUCUUAAAAUAAUUAGUACAAUAAAUACAUGCAGCUGAACAUACAGUAGAAAUUAAAUUCAUAUUGUAGUCCAUAUCGAUUUCUGGCCAACUUUGUUCCAUUACGUCCUUAUCCAAUCUUACUUCAUCUUUAUUUAUAAGAUGAUGUUUUACUGAACAAAAUGCUGCCCAUAAUUCCGAAGCAAAGUGUGGUGCUACUAUUGCAAGCAUUAUGAUUUGAACUACUAAUGCACGUUCAAACUCACGACUUUUUUGUGAACAUUGUAAACAUA